UAACACACCAAACUACUUCCCCUGUUUCUCCUUAAUGGCUUCCUUCUUUAAACCCUUAUUUCUUUUCUUCCUCCUAGUGCUUAUCUCUUCAUCUCUCCAAGCUGAAGCCAGAGAGAGCAGGUUCUUUAACAAGUUCAAACGCUACAUAGACCCCAAAGUUUCCAUUUCUGAAGCCCCUAGCCCAGCAUUAGCAGAACCAGAUAUCGCACCAGCACCAGCAACAUCAGAACCAGAAAUAGCAUCAUCACCAGUAGUAGCACCGACACCAGCACCAACUUAUUCAGAAAGUGAGUAUGGCCAUGGCCUUUACGGUCAAGGAUCUAGCCAAUUCCCAACCAAGACGCCCUCCACCACCACCAUGUUUGAAGAUGAACUUCUAACUGAAGAAGUCAGCGGUGAAAGCUUUGAGACCGGCUACCCGAAGACCAACUUGUACAGUAACAAUGGCAACCCGAACAAUUACAACAACAACGGCUACGGCAGCAGUUACAAUAACGAUAAUGGGUAUACAACUAGCUACAAUAGCAAUGGCUACGUCAACAACCACAAUGGCAAUGGCGGCUACAACAACUACAAUGGCAAUGGCUACUCCAACAACUACUACAACAGCAAUGGGUACCAGACUGAGAGACAGGGGAUGAGUGACACGCGGUUUUCGGAGAAUGGCAAGUAUUAUGUUGAUGUUCAAAAUGAGAACAAUCCUAAUGGGUAUCAAGGUUACUAUGGAAAUAACAAGUUCCCAAAUGAGUUCAACUCCAUGGGAGAGUACGAGAAGCAGGAGGAGCCUGUGCCAUAAAGGAAUGGUCCAUGAUCAACAUAGAGAGAGAGAGAGAGAGAGAGAGAGAGAGAGAGCUGGUUUAAUUUAAAGGUGAUAAUGGACUUUAAUGUGUCCUGAUCUCGCAGGUUUUUCUUUUCUCCUACAGAUUUUAUUCCUACAGACCGUAUUAGCAAAUGAUAGAAGGCACUCCCUUAUAGUACCUGGUUAAACAAUUUUAUGAAUGGUGCUUUCGCUUUUCUUCGA